AUGGGUAAAUAUAAUAAAUUGCAAGGUCUAAAAAGAAACUUGUUUACACAGAUUUUCUACUUUAUAGACAUAUUUCACAGCGUGGUCGGUCAGUUUCUACCCGCAGGCAAUCUUGAAUUGGAAGAGGAAGAGAUAUUCAAUCUUGCGUUCUUUUACUCAUCAACAAUCCAAGAACAAUACCGAAGGAUAUAUGGAGGAAAUGAGAACUUGGUCAGAGCAAAUGACGUAUUUUUCGCUGUUCAUGCUCUGAUCCUAUCUUGCAUAACAUUUGGUCAGACAUUUCUUUACAAAAAAAACCGUAAUCAGCGACUGUCUGCUUUCGCUAUUUCCUUAACGUUUAUCACAUUCCUGGGAAUUCUGAGCAUGUAUUUAAAAGUGGCUAGUGGCCUUAGCGAGUGGAUUGAUCUGCUGUACUUUAUAAGCUAUAUAAAGUUGGGACUUAGUUUGAUUAAAUACAUUCCUCAGGCAUAUAUAAAUUACAAACGUAAAUCUACUGUUGGAUGGAGUAUUCAUAAUAUUGCACUAGAUUUUACUGGAGGAACAUUGUCGUUACUACAGCUUAUUUUAGACGCAUAUUUGGCGGACGACUGGAGUGGAAUAUCAGGAGAUCCAGUGAAAUUUGGCCUUGGUUCCGUAUCCCUCACGUUCGAUCUACUGUUCAUGGGACAGCAUUACAUUUUAUAUCGUGAUAGAAACGAUUAUAGUAAUGACGAAGAUAAAAAAGAACUUAGGGAUUAUAAUGCGUAA